AUCCAUCCACCAUCCACCAUCCACCCUCAUACAAUACUUCUCCAUACAACACUACACUUUACUCCCCCACGCGCCAAAACAGCUCCACAGUCACUUCAGCCCCCAGCAACACCCUCUAUCACGCCUCACCGUCAGCACAAACCGUUUCCGCAGCGCACGUGUCCAUCACCACCACGCACCCUCGAGCUCCGGCUCCCCCUCCACCGCCAACAUGCCUUCCGCCAAAGGCGAGAGCUGGGAGAAGUACCAAAAGAAGUUCGCCGACGAUGAAGUAGAAGAAAAGAAGAUCACUCCCUUAUCCGACGAAGACAUCCAAGUGUUGAAGACAUACAACUCCGCCCCCUACGCCGACGCCCUCAAGAAGCUGGAAAAGGCCAUCAAAGACACUCAAACCUCCGUCAACGACAAAAUCGGCGUCAAGGAAUCCGACACCGGUCUCGCCCCGCCCCACUUAUGGGACAUCGCCGCCGACCGCCAACGCAUGAGCGAGGAACAACCACUCCAAGUCGCGCGGUGUACGAAGAUCAUCCCCGAUGAGAAGGACACGGAGAAGAGCAAGUACGUCAUCAACGUCAAGCAGAUUGCCAAGUUCGUCGUGAACCUGGGCGAGCGGGUGAGUCCGACGGAUAUCGAGGAAGGCAUGCGCGUGGGUGUGGAUCGGAACAAAUACCAAAUCAUGUUGCCUUUACCGCCGAAGAUCGAUCCCAGUGUGACGAUGAUGACGGUGGAGGACAAACCCGACGUGACGUACGGCGAUGUGGGGGGGUGUAAAGAGCAAAUCGAAAAGCUGCGGGAAGUAGUGGAGAUGCCUCUUUUGUCUCCCGAGCGGUUUGUGAGUUUGGGCAUCGACCCACCAAAGGGCGCCUUACUCUACGGUCCCCCGGGCACAGGCAAAACCCUCUGCGCCCGCGCCGUCGCCAAUCGCACCGACGCGACCUUCAUCCGCGUCAUCGGCUCGGAACUCGUGCAAAAAUACGUCGGCGAAGGCGCGCGAAUGGUACGCGAGCUGUUCGAAAUGGCCCGGACGAAAAAGGCAUGCAUCAUCUUCUUCGACGAAAUCGACGCAGUAGGCGGUGCACGCUUCGACGACGGAGCGGGAGGCGACAACGAAGUCCAACGAACCAUGCUCGAACUCAUCACCCAACUCGACGGCUUCGAUUCGCGCGGCAACAUCAAAGUCAUGUUCGCCACCAACCGCCCCUCCACCCUCGACCCCGCCCUCAUGCGUCCCGGGCGAAUCGACCGGAAAAUCGAGUUUUCCCUCCCCGAUAUGGAGGGGCGGGCCAAUAUUCUGCGGAUCCACGCGAAGAGUAUGUCCGUGGAGAGGGAUAUCCGGUGGGAGUUGAUUAGCAGAUUGUGUCCGAAUUCUACCGGGGCGGAGUUGAGGAGUGUGGCUACGGAGGCGGGGAUGUUUGCCAUUCGCGCGCGGAGGAAGGUGGCGAGUGAGAAGGAUUUUUUGAGCGCGGUGGAGAAGGUUAUUAGGGGCGGGAUGAAAUUCAAUUCUACGGCGGCUUAUGCGCAGUAUAAUUAG